GGGCAGUGCGCUCGGGGCGCGCGGAAUGUGAGGCUCGGCGGGCCGCAGCGCGCACGGACGCUCGGACAGGCGAGGGGCAGUGACCCCUCGCGGACGCCCCGGCCGCGCACGCCGGGCCGGGCACUCGCCCUCUCGCUCGCCCUUAGGCGCGUCCCGCGCCCUCCAGCGCGCCGGCGGGACCAUGAAGAAGUUCUCUCGAAUGCCCAAGUCGGAGGGCGGCGGCGGCGGCGGAGCGGCGGGUGGCGGGGCCGGCGGGGCCGGGGCCGGUAGCUCGUCCGUGGGGGUCCGGGUGUUCGCGGUCGGCCGCUACCAGGUCACCCUGGAGGAGUCGCUGGCCGAAGGUGGCUUCUCCACUGUUUUCGUGGUGCGGACUCAUGGUGGACACCGUUAUGCAUUGAAGCGAAUGUAUGUCAAUAACACGACAGACCUCAACAUUUGUAAAAGGGAAAUUACAAUUAUGAAAGAGCUAUCUGGUCACAAAAAUAUUGUGGGUUAUUUGGACUGUGCUGUAAAUUCAAUUAGUGAUAAUGUGUGGGAAGUGCUUAUCUUAAUGGAAUAUUGUCGAGCUGGGCAGGUAGUGAAUCAGAUGAAUAAGAAGCUGCAGACUGGCUUUACAGAAGCAGAAGUGUUACAGAUAUUCUGUGAUACCUGUGAAGCUGUUGCAAGGUUGCAUCAGUGUAAGACUCCGAUAAUUCACCGGGAUCUCAAGGUAGAAAAUAUUUUGUUGAAUGAUGGUGGAAACUAUGUACUUUGUGACUUUGGCAGUGCCACAAAUAAAUUUCUUAAUCCUCAAAAAGAUGGAGUUAAUACAGUAGAAGAAGAAAUUAAAAAGUAUACAACUCUGUCAUACAGAGCCCCUGAAAUGAUCAACCUUUAUGGAGGGAAGCCUAUCACCACCAAGGCUGAUAUCUGGGCCCUGGGAUGUUUACUGUAUAAACUUUGUUUCUUCACUCUUCCUUUUGGUGAGAGCCAGGUUGCCAUCUGUGACGGCAGCUUUACCAUCCCAGACAACUCUCGUUACUCCCAUAACAUACAUUGCUUAAUAAGGUUCAUGCUUGAACCAGAUCCAGAGCGGAGACCCGAUAUAUUUCAAGUGUCAUAUUUUGCAUUUAAAUUUGCCAAAAAGGAUUGUCCAGUCUCCAACAUCAAUAAUUCUCCUAUUCCUUCAACUCUUCCUGAACCGAUGACUGCUAGUGAAGCAGCUUCUAGGAAAAGCCAAAUAAAAGCCAGAAUAACAGACACCAUUGGACCAACAGAAACCUCAAUUGCACCAAGGCAAAGACCAAAGGCCAAUUCUUCUACUGCCACUCCCAGUGUGCUGACCAUUCAAAGUUCAGCAACACCUGUUAAAGUCCCUGCUCCCGGUGAAUUCGGUAAUCACAGACCAAAAGGACCACUGAAACCUGGAAAUGGCCCUGAGAUUUUACUGGGUCAGGGGCCCACUCAGCAGCCUCCACAGCAGCAUCGAGUCCUUCAGCAGCUACAGCAGGGAGACUGGAGACUGCAGCAGCUUCAUCUGCAGCACCGCCAUCCUCACCAGCAGCAGCAGCUUCUUCAGGAUGCUUAUAUGCAGCAGUAUCAGCAUGCAGUGCAGCAGCAACAGAUGCUUCAGCAGCAGUUGUUAAUGCAUUCGGUGUAUCAGCCACAACCUUCUGCAUCACAAUAUCCUGCAAUGAUGCAGCAGUAUCAGCAGGCUUUCUUGCAGCAGCAGAUGCUCGCUCAGCAUCCGCAGUCUCAACCACAGGCAUCACCAGAGUAUCUCACCUCCCCUCAAGAGUUCUCCCCAGCCUUAGUGUCCUACUCUUCAUCACUUCCAGCUCAGGUUGGACCCAUGAUGGACUCCUCUUAUAGUGCCAAUAGGUCAAUUGCUGGUAAAGAAGCAGUUGCAAAUAUGACAAAUCAGAAGAACAUCAGUAACCCACCUGAUAUGUCAGGGUGGAAUCCUUUUGGAGAGGACAAUUUCUCCAAGUUAACAGAAGAGGAACUGUUGGACAGAGAAUUUGACCUUCUCAGAUCAAACAGGCUCGAGGAAAGAGCAGCCUCAGAUAAGAAUGUAGAGCCACUUUCUGCUCCAUAUAACCAUCCUCCAGAGGAUCCUUUUGGUUCUCUUCCUUUCAUUUCCCACUCAGGUUCUCCUGAAAAGAAAAUUGAACAUCCCUCCAUGAAUCAAGAAAACGGCACUGCAAACCCUAUCAAGAAUACAAAAGGAAGUCCAGUCUCUAAAGACCACCGGACUGGUAAGAAAACCUCAGAGAAUUCAUUAGUACGUGCUCAAGUGCAAAAGGGGAACGACGAAUCUGAGAGUGAUUUUGAGUCCGAUCCCCCUUCUCCGAAGAGCAGCGAGGAGGAAGAACAGGAGGAUGAGGAAGUUCUCCAGGGAGAACAAGGAGAUUUUAAUGAUGACGACACUGAACCGGAAAACCUGGGGCACAGGCCUCUGCUCAUGGAUUCUGAAGAUGAGGAAGAGGAGGAGAAGCACAGCUCCGAUUCGGACUACGAGCAGGCCAAAACAAAGUACAGCGACGCGAGCCCAGGCUACAGGGACGCCGGCGGUGGAGCGGUCCAGGGUCCUAGCACAGCACUCCUCACGCCCGCCCGGGUGCCCUCGGACGUGGGAGCGGGGACUCCCAGACCCGAGUUUGAUGUCUUUGGCGCUGUCCCCUUCUUCGCUGCGCGGGCUCAGCUGCCCCGCCAGGGGGAGCAGAAGGACCUCUCUCCGCACAGUCGGCUUCCCGCCACGGGGCUCGAACCGGAGGAAUUCGAUGUCUUCACCAAGGCACCCUUCAGCAAGAAGGUGGUGGCGCGCGAUGCGCACGCCGCGCCGGCUGGCCCCCCCAGCGUGGAUGUCUUUGGCUCCACGCCGUUCCAGCCCUUCCCUCCAUCUGCCAGUAAAAGCGACAGCAGCGAGGACCUUUUCGGGCUGGUGCCCUUCGAGGAGAUAACUGGGAGUCCGCAGCAGAAAGUCAAGCAGCGCAGCCUACAGAAACUGUCCUCCCGGCAGAGGCGCACCAAGCAGGAUGCAGCCAAGAGCAAUGGGAAGCGGCACCACGGCACCCCGACCGGCGCCAAGAAGCCAGCCAAGCCUGCCUUCCGCACCCCUGAGCGGGCCCGCCGGCACAGGAGGGUGGGCCGCCGGGACUCGCAGAGCAGCAACGAGUUCCUGACCAUCUCGGACUCCAAGGAGAACAUCAGCGUGGCCCUGACAGAUGGGAAGGACCGUGGGCACGUCCUGCAAGCCGACGAGGGUCUAUUGGACCCCUUCGGGGCCAAGCCCUUCCACCCUCCGGACCUGCCGUGGCACUCCCCGCACCAGGGCCUGAGCAGCGACCACAACCCGGUCCUGCCCGGGAGGCCCCGGCCGAAUUCACUGCACGGCUCCUUCCACGGGGCAGAGGCGUUGAAAAUGGAUGAUUUUGGUGCCGUGCCCUUCACAGAACUCGUGGUGCAGAGCAUCACCUCCCAUCAGCCCCAACAGCCCCAGCCCGUCGAAUUAGACCCCUUCGGUGCUGCUCCGUUUCCUUCUAAACAGUAGAGGACUUCUGACGGACUCUUGGUAUUAACUCCUGUUUCAAAGAAAAAAAAAAGUAUGAAUAGUUUUAUGAAUUUGAAAGAAAAUUUAUUUGUAUAGCUCUUUAUAUCAUUCAUUCUUACAGGUCAAUCAGAAUAGGCGAUUUUUAAAUAAACCAAAUAGAAAAAGGAAGUAUCUGCACAGGGUAGUGACUCCACGUCUUUCCACGCAGGCGCAAAGGAAGCGAAGGUGGCAGGUUCUAACCUGGGGUUUCAGCUCCCCACCUGACCGCACAGAAAUCUAGGGAAUGCGUGUGGCCCCUGAAAAGUGACCGGGAGCUGUGGCGUUACUUUUAUAACAGAAUGUCACUUUUGUGCGCACAUCCCAGGCUCAUUCCAGAAUCGAGCAUUUAAAACUAAGGUUACUUGUAUAUACACAAAUUGCAUUUGUGGAUUUUUUUUAAAUAUCUCUUCUAAUUUCCAUGAGGUUAAAAAAAAAAAAUCCAUUUCUCAUAAAGAAUGAGAAAGUUAUCCAGACAGUGCAGAGAUUUUUGUCCUUACACCUUUCUCCACAAAGAGGAGCCAGAAGUCACUGACUGUUGUGCCUAAAACUAUUAAAAAAAAAAAAAAGUGCCAUUAAUAUGGACUAUUACAUAGAAGCCUAGAACAAAAACUAGAGAUAGCUAGUUGAUGGGUAGAAAAAUGGAGAGAAAAAAGGAAUGAUACAGAGGAGAGGAAAAAACAUUCAGUGAUACUUCAGGAACACUUUAUGUUCUGAUUUUGAAUGGCUUCUAGCUCAAAACUUUUAUUAUGUCUCUAGUAAAACAAUUAUUGGAAAAACUGGGAGUGAGGACAAGGUUCAUAGAGAAAUAUUAUUCUAGGGAAAAAUAUGUAGCUGAAACCCUGAGUUUCUGAGACGUUUACAAUGUAAAAUCAUGUUGCAUUUAAUAAUGUGCUUUAUUAAAUAACCACCUUCACCAACUAUUCCCCAAGUCGUCUGGUGAGCAGCAGUGUUGGAGUUAGGUCUGAAGGGUGGAGUAGUUUUAAUAAAGAGAACAGAAGAGCGAAUCCCACAAAGCCUUACAGGCAGGCCUUGCACAUCCUGCCGCAAGUACCUCUGCACUAAUACCCGAGAUCUGAAAGUGGCUGUAAGGUGUCAAGGUGAUGAGGGGCUAGCAUCUCAACUCUGCUAGUUAGCUGAUUGUGACUUUAGUGAAAAGAACCCAGCUACCAAAUUGCCUUUUGAUUUUUACAUUACAAAUCCUAAUUAGAAACUUGAGAUUUUAUAGAAAUUGUUUAAUAAGGUAGAAAUCAUUAAUGUGAAUACAGUCUGUUUCUCCUGUGUCUCCAUUUUAAGUUACAGUUAACUGUCCCUGCCUUGCAAGUGAACAUUUAGAAGUUUCUAGAACCAUUAAAGCUAUUUACAGAAAAGGGUAGAAACGCCUAUCAGCUUGCACUCUCCUUGAUUGCUGUAUUUUAAAUUAACGCUUUGAGCCCAAUUAAAAUCUAUUUUAUCAGUAACCUUAUUAGAAUCUCAAUUAUAGUGCCCCAACUGGGAUGAGCUAUUUGCCUGUUUUCAUAGUUCUAAACUUGGAAAGAAACAAAGUAUCUGUAACUAAACCCUCUAUGUUUUCUUGCUUCUCUCUUCUGUGUUUUAAAUCAGAUACAGAUUUGUGGACAAACAGGACAGCAAUAUGUGAAUGAUGUGUAUCAGAGACAGAUCAAUCAUGAGAGUCAUUACUGCGUAAACCUUAGAGCCCAACCGCACCAGUUUUACUUGUCCUUGUGCCAAAGGCAAAUGUUACGUUUGCACCUUUUUUUUUCUCUUUCUGAUUCUCAGGUUGAUUAAUACUGCUAAUGCAAAUGCUCAAGUAGAUGUUCUUUAAAACUUUACAAAGUAGAUUCAAGUGAUACUUUCUUUUAAAAGUGAAGAGUUGAUGAUUACACAUAGUUAAUUCAUGAACUACAGUAGGUUUGUAUCAAACAGUCUGUUAAUGAAAAUCUGUUGGUUGAUGUAUAUACAAGAUGCUUCUUUGACUAUUUUAGUCCUUAUUAGCCUUUGUCUCUGCUAGACCUCAUGAGUUUCAUAAUUUAGAAGGGGUACAGAUGAAUCAGUGUGGUCCCCUUGGGAUGUAAUAUGAAUUAUCUAGAGUCUGUCAGAUACCAAGGCCUUGCUUACACUCGUUUUCAAUACACUGAAUAAUUUUAAAUGAUUUAGACACUGACAGACACUUUGGCUUAUAAUGCUGGAUAAAUUCUAAAGAAACACUUUGACAUUGUUUAAAAUAUUGACAGUCAUAUGUUUGUUAUAUCACAAUGACACAUUUAGUACUUAUAGGGGACCCAAUGGGAUAGAAUGGGGAGAUUCCUUUGUGUUCAAGUGGAGGAAUUUUCCCAAGGAGUAUAGGAUUAGGGUCGCUUUCUGUUUCCCAUCAUGUUUUCCCACUACUGUUAGACUGUAGGUCACUCCACACAGUUGAUGCCUGGCUAAUUCCCUUAUGAGAAUAAAGCUCCCAAGAUGUGUGAAAGAGCUUAAUGCAUACUUGGCACACAGCACUCGGUUUGGCUCUAUUAUGGGAUGGUCCAGUUCUUGUAUAAGGAAGGAAUGCUGAAAAGAAAUCAUGUCUCUAUUAAUCAGCUAUCGUCUGUGCUUUUUUAGCAUGUAAAGUCGUCAUAACUCUAAACCUGUAAUACUUGAACAUCACAAAGGGAAGUGACAUAUUACAAAGCUAGCAAAAGUCUGAGGCCAAAGUUAUUUCUGUCCUAACAGCUUUAAUCAUGCUUCUUGGUUUUGAAUUAUCUUUUAAAAAGCGGACCAUUUGCUUAAUUAUUUUAAUGUUACCACUUCAGCAAAAUGUUGUGUUGAAAAGACCAGCUUCUAUGGCACUGAGGAAUGUUAGACAUUCUGCUAGGACACAAAAGUUGCUUGGUAUGUAUGUUUUAGGUGGAGGAGGAAACGUGGUGGGCUGGGUGAAACUGACUAGAAUAUUUAUUUCCAUCAGGAAAGUGUGAUUCUUCCACUGAUGUGACCUCCGCCCUGUGUGUGUGUGUGUGUGUGUGUGUGUGUGUGUGUGUACACUCGGGGCCCAGUUAUGCCAUUAUUUGGAAACGUAGACAGAAGCAGCUUUGGAUCCUCCCGUUUGUCAUGUGAUAGGGACAGACUGCUGUCCUCAUCUUGCUGGUGGGAAACCCUCCUCUACUCUGGUGUGCAGCAGGCAGAGCCCUUUCGUCCUCUCUGCUUAGCUUAUUUUAGGUUGUGGUACUUCAUAUCAGCAUUGAGAGAAGGUACACAUGUAUUCUUAUCACUGGUUCUGAGGAGUUUGGGUACAUUUGUUUUAAUAUGUGUAGACUGUGCGGUAAACAUUUUUUUUUUUUUAAGCAAAAUUACUUAUCAUUUAUCAUUUUAGGUCCAGUGUUGAGCUGACAGAUCUACUGUGAGAAUGAACUGACAGAUCUACUGUGAGAAUAACAUAACGAUAGUUUAUAUGAAAACUUUUAUACACAGUGGGGUUUAUACAUUAGGGUAAAUAUAUAAACCCGCACUUGCAUGCACAUGUCACAUCUCUCUAGUGUGGAGUUAAUGUGAAUUUUUACAUUCUGAAUGGAAUUGCAACCACAAUCAUUGCUAAAAGAACAUUCACUCCUCGUGAGGGUUUACAAAAGCCACUAAAAGAAUAAGGUAGACAGAUGAAAAUGCAAAGGGCCAUCAUUUGGGGUUAUUUUUAUUUAAAAAUUUAUUGUGCUACUUUUGAAAGAGAAUUGUUUUUAUGACUAUGCUCUUUUUGUGAUUGAAAAGUCAUCUAAUAGUAAGCAGUAUAGUAAUAAUAAUAGGCUACUUUUUAAUUGCUGGCAAACAGCUUUAAGUGCACUUUCUUUGAUUACACUUCCAUUUUUUGUUAAACUUGAAUUUUCUGAAGCCUUUUAUGUACCACUAAGCAAAUAAUUUUAACUUUUAAUAAACCUGAUUUUCAUCUUUAUUAUAUUUCUAAUUGUUAAGACCAUACUUUCUAAAGUUAACUUCAAUCCUCAGAUAGAGCUGGGAAACUGUUAUGAAAUAGCAUCAGUUGCUUUUUUUUUCCUCCUUCCUAUAUCUAAUUAAGCACUAACUGAUUUUAGUACUAUAUUGCCUUUACAUUGCUUAUUCUUAUUGACUGAAUCCUAUCCCUCAUUCACUUUGUUUUGUUUCAAAUUUAAAGUUAUUUUCUUACUGUAUUUAUCAUACCUACUGUUUUAAUAAUCUGCUUUCUUUAAAUGCAAUAAAUCCCAAAUGGAUUGCAUAUUCUUUAUAAUCAGUGACUUUGAGUUUUUCAUUAUUUGUCGUCUUAUUAAAAGUUUUGGAUGCCAA